AUGUUUCGUCUUUGUUCGGGUUCUGUUCAGCUUGUGGUCACAUCAGUUAUCGGAGAACAACAAAGAGGAUUUGCUACUCUGAAGGAUAUUUCUCUUCGCUUGAAGUCGGUUAGGAAUAUUCAGAAGAUCACCAAAUCGAUGAAGAUGGUAGCCGCUGCCAAGUAUGCCAAGGCUGAACGGGACUUAAAGGGUGCACGUGCUUAUGGAGUCGGUGCGAAAGCAUUUUUCGAUAACAUUGACCCAAAAGUCGAUGAAGGAACGAAAGAAGAGAAACAGAAGCAGUUAUUAGUGCUCGUUACAUCUGACAGGGGUCUUUGCGGAUCUGUGCAUUCGUCUAUCGCGAAGGAAGCGAAACAUAUCAUGCAAAACGCUGGCCAAAAGGACGUUCGCAUUGUCUGUAUUGGGGAUAAAGCUAGAAAUGCCUUACAACGGAUCUACGGCAAGAAAUUCUUGCUUACUGGCAACGAUAUCGGCCGUACUCCACCCACAUUUGCUGAUGCGUCAAUCGCUGCAAAAGCAAUUCUCGAUUCUGGAUUUGACUUCGAAGAGGGUUCGAUCAUCUUCAAUAAAUUCAAAACCGUUGUUUCGUUUGAAACCUCCAAAAUGCCAAUUAUGCCCCUCGAGACUAUCAAGGCUAAGGAGGCCUUGGCUACUUAUGAUUCGGUGGAUGACGACGUCCUUCAGUCCUACAGCGAAUAUUCGCUUGCUCAAUUAAUCUACUAUGCAAUGAAGGAAUCUGCCACAUCAGAACAGGCUUCUCGUAUGACCGCUAUGGAUGGCGCAUCUAAGAAUGCCGGAGAGAUGAUCGAUAAACUGACACUGGCCUUCAAUCGUACACGACAAGCCGUCAUUACGCGUGAAUUGAUUGAGAUAAUCUCUGGAGCUGCUUGUGUUUGA